CUUGAAACGGACACCGGGGCCUUCCCGAGCCCUUCUGGGACCGGCGCAAAGGGGAGAGCGCGGAUCCCGAGAGUGACCCGGAAGCAGAAGUUUCCUCCACCGGCGGAUCUCUCGGAAGCUACAGCGCCGACCGCAGCGGGAGAAGCAUCCGUCUGUCCGCCUGCAGCCCCAACCUGGGAAGAAGAUGCUAAUUAAAGUGAAGACGCUGACUGGAAAGGAGAUUGAGAUUGACAUUGAACCCACAGACAAGGUGGAGCGAAUCAAGGAGCGUGUGGAAGAGAAAGAGGGAAUCCCCCCACAACAGCAGCGGCUUAUCUACAGUGGCAAACAGAUGAAUGAUGAGAAGACGGCAGCUGAUUACAAGAUUCUGGGCGGUUCAGUCCUCCACCUGGUGCUGGCUCUCAGAGGAGGAGGCGGUCUUGGGCAAUGAUGGACCUUCACUGCAUUUUACCUCCUUCUCCUGUUGCUCGUAACGAGGCAUCACAAAUCCUCUCACUCUCUGGGACACCAGAGCCACUGUCCCCUCCCUUGGAUGCCCAGUCUUGUGUGUCUACUGGUGGGAGAAUAUGAGGACCCCAGGAAGCAGUGUUCCUGGCCCAAGUGGCCCUUGCUGGCUGUUGGGUCUUAGUUUGCAGUCCUGUGUGCUUCCCUCUCUUAUGGCUGUGUCCUUGGUUGUCAAUAAAAUAUUUCCUGGCCUCCUGGA